UUAAAUAGAAGUGAAUUAUAACUACUUGUGUACCAAGAAAAAUAAAAAGAGAUAAUGAAGAACAAUCACGUUCGUUUGAAUUGCGGAAUUAGAAUGCCGAUCUUGGGUUUUGGCACUUUCACAUUCCAAAAUGACAUGCAGAAAACAGAACUUGCCAUCCAUACUGCACUUGAGAUGGGUUAUAGACACAUUGACACAGCAAAAGUGUAUGGUUCUGAGCCAGCAGUGGGGAAUGCUUUAAGUGAAGCAAUUCUUGACCAAACGGUUAAUAGAGAAGAUGUUUUUGUUACAUCUAAACUAUGGGGGAGUGAUCAUCAUGAUCCUGUCUCAGCUCUCAACCAAACUCUAAGGAACUUGGGCAUGGAGUAUCUUGACAUGUAUUUGGUGCACUGGCCAGUGAAGCUAAAGCCAUGGGCUUGUUCCCCUAUACCUCAAGAAGAAGAUUUUGAGAAGUACUUAGACAUUGAGUCAACAUGGGCUGGGAUGGAGAGAUGCUUGGAUUUGGGAUUGUGUAGAUCUAUUGGUGUCAGCAAUUUCUCUAGCAACAAAAUAAUUCAGUUGAUGGAUUUUGCCUCUGUUCCUCCAGUUGUUAAUCAGGUGGAAAUGCAUCCAAUGUGGAAACAAAGCAAGCUCCGAGGGGUAUGUGGAGAUUAUAGGAUUCAUGUUAGUGCUUAUUCACCUCUAGGUGGCCCUGGAAAUGCAUGGGGAUCAACUGCUGUGGUGGACCAUCCGGUCAUCAAAUCCAUAGCUUUCAAACACAGAGCAACUCCAGCUCAGGUUGCUUUAAAAUGGGGAUUAUCAAAAGGGUCUAGCAUGAUUGUGAAAAGCUUCAAUCAGAAUAGAAUGAGGGAAAAUAUGGAGGCACUUAAUCUUAAAUUGGACAAACAAGAUAUCAAUGACAUUGACAAAUUGGAAGAAUGGAAGAUCAUGAGAGGAGAGGUUUAUGUUAACAACACAACUAGCCCUUAUAGGACAAUUCAACAUCUUUGGGAUGGUGAAAUCUGAAUUUUAUGCUUGUAUACUAUGUUGUGUUUUCCGGUGUGAAUUUACCAAGUGUAUCCUUUUUCUUCUACCAUUUCUUCUCAUGUUCAUUAUAUGCUGUUCCCGACUAGUACACAGCAAUAUUGUAUGAGCCCUUGUAUCCUGAAAAGUGAUAGUAGUACAAAGUUAUGUUUAUCUAAAAACCAUUGUUGUGGCAGUAGCAAUUUAUUUUCUGAUUUUUGCUCC